CGAGCAAGAUGUUUAAGAGUCUUCUGGGAAGCCAGUCGAGCACUCGAUCGUCUGACUCGAGCCGCCAUAGACAUCGUCGAGAUCGCGACGACGACGACGACAGCCGUUCGAAAACCUCAUCACACUCUCACCAUCGUAAAUCGUCUCGCCAUCAUUCGUCUUCCUCGAAGCACAAGUCUUCACGAAGUGACGAUCGUGACGCGGACAGGCAUUCGAGCUCAAGACGGUCUUCGCGACGGUAUGAGGACGAUGACGAUGGCGCACGUUCUAUCAUAGCUCCUAGCGAGAUAGCGUCUGAAGCUCCGUCGCGGACGCUGGAUGGUGAGAGGGGCACUUUUGGCGAUGACCCUAAUGACCAUUAUAAAGAAAGAAGGGCUCGCAGAAGAGGUCAUGGCGAUGACGAUUCGAUGCUGGACCAAGACUCGCGAGAUCCACGGCGUCGCGAGAGGGAGACCUACCCGGAGGAGCUGAGAUAUCGUGAUGAUGCUGCUCCUUCUGCGGUAGGAUCUGACUUACGGGAUUCUUCACGUCGUGAGAGAGAUGUAUAUUCGGGUGAACCGCGACGACGCUCGCGAGACCGAUAUAACGACGACGACAGACGAAACAGAAGCAGUCGUCGAUAUGAUGAACCAAGUGCUGAUGAUAGAUACGAACCAGCUACUCGCUCGGAACGACGCAGCCGGACUCUAGAUGACCGAGGCAUCCCCGAAGACCAGCGGCCAAUUGAACCAGCUGGCCGCCGUAGAACCGCAGCUUCUGGCCCUGAGAGAUCGCGGUCUCCCUUGUACCCUACUGAUACCAACUAUCCACCGCCUACGACGUCAGGUCCUGGGGAUAUACCUCAAUCAUCGCAUCGUUAUGCUCCACCUACGUCGGGCUCCUAUCCCUCCGCAGAUAGUUCUCAGCAACAGCCUUUGAUAGGUUCAGCGGCCGAAUAUUAUGGAGACCAGGGCCAGUCGGUCCUGAAUCAACCAGGAUUCACCCCCAGUGCUAUAUCACCUUCUGGGCCUGAAUACGGCCCUCCUUCAAUGCCAAUACCCCAAUUUGAUCAGCAUGAAGCUGGACCAUCCGGGCCACCCCCUCAGCAUGGCACUGGCACUGCGGCACUGGGCGGUAUGGCCGCCGGAGCAGCUGGCUACGGAAUGAAUUCAGCCAUGUCCGGAGGAUCACCGCACAGCGGACCUUUAAACACAUCACCAACUGUUCCAGGAAGCAUGCCGGCUGAUAUGCCCUCCAACUCGCUGCCUAAUGCACCGUCUAACACGCUACCAGGCACCUACCACGAAUCUCCAACCAAUUAUGCACCAUCUGGAUACCCGGAAGACCGGCCUCAACACCAUUCAUCUUCAUCGCACGGGGGCCUUGCCGCACUUGGAGCGACGGCAGGCAUUGCAGCUGCAGCGGGUCUGGCAGCAAAUGCUUAUCACAAUCCACACCACAAUUCACACGGCAACGGCCAGCAAACGCUUUACCCUCAUAACCAACAACAAAAUUAUACUGGAGGCUUUCAGCAGGGAAAUCUUACCUAUCAAAGACGCCAACAAGGCCCCUUAAGAAAGUUCGUGGACUUUUGGCGAGAUCCUGAAGGCGUGGCACUGUACGAAGAGUACUCUGAAAUCACUGGAACCUGUAGGUACUGCUUCGAGCCAGGAACGACCUCACGGGAUGCACCACGCAAGCAUAAUCGGUAUCGCCGUAGACCAUCCCAUGACAGCUUUGGCGGCAGAUCCAGAGUCGAUAAGUUAAGCCGAUAUGGUUCCUCUGAGGAAGAAGGCCAUCAAAAGAGCUCGAACCGCAAAUCUUGGUUGGCUGCUGGCCUGGCUGCAUAUGUAGGCAAGUCUCUCUUUGACAAGAGGAAAAAGGAUAGCCGUGAUCGCUCUCCAUCCAUUCGACGCCCAAAAUCAUCGUCCUCCUCAAGCGUGGGGGGGAGGGGAGCACCAUCUUAUGGGCAGGUUACCGUCUCGGAAUAUUCUCAUCCGCCGUCUACAAUUGGUGGUGGGCAGAAACUAGAUAGAUAUGAUUCCCGGAGUGAUGUUUCCAAGCCGUCCAUAUCUACCCAUUCAAGAUCUAAAUCUGAAGGACACCGACGACGGGAUCGAUCGCGGUCGUCAUCAAGUGAUAGCAAGUCUGGCAGAUCUGGCCUGAAGACUGCCGCCAUUGCAGCCGGUGCACUUGGUACUGCUGCAGCCAUGUCAUCAGCCAGCCAUGCGCGUAAAGAGAGACGGGUACGUGCUGGCAGCCGGAGCAGGUCACCUAGAAAAGCUCGAAGACGUUACUCUUCCUCUUCUAGCUCUUCGAUGAUUGAUAUCUCUCGCCCCUCAGCCAAAAAGGGCCUGGCAAGCUUUUCAAAUUUCUUUAGCGCACCAUCAGAGAAAAGCCGAACGGGCCGAACCAGCCCGCGCAAGAAACAGAGGAACUUUUUUGGCCUUGGAUCAACAUAUUAUUCAUCUUCGGAUGAUGCUGACCUUGCGUUUGGUUCUGGGUUUCUUAAGUCGCGGACUUCAAAAAAAGGGAAAGGCCGGAAGCGGGACGAGGACAUCGAUCAUAAGCUCAUAGGCCUGGGUGCCACUGCUGCUGGGCUUGCAGCUUCCGCAUCAAUUGCAAAUGGGAGAAGGCAUCAUGGCCUGAUUGCAGUCAAGGAGCGAAAAUCCAAACACGAAGCACCUGCUGACGAUGUUUGGGAAUCUGUGUCCAAUGAAUCAUCUUCUGCUGAUUCUGGCCUGGCAUAUGGAGGGCCAUCAUCCAACAGUCGAGAUUCCUUUACGUCUGACUCUGGAACUUCAAAGUGGCGAUGGCGAUGGGGUUCUUCAAAGAGGAAGAAGGUAUCGCAACCUCUGGAAUACCCCAAUAAAAAGGAUGGUUAUGGACGCAACUCCCAGACCUCUUUCGCUCCGCCAUCUAGUAGCUACAGCCUCCCGUCCAUGCAGAAUGUCGACCCUAUCCCAGCUUCUGAACAAUCAUUGACACCGUACCGUGAUGGGCGCAAUUCAACUGGUGCCCCGUCGGCUUUCGACACAACCAAGCCAAUGCGCAUUUCUCACUCAGAAAAUACGGAACUUGACCAGCCAAAGCCGGUAGCCCCCAUAUCUGACUCGUUCUACACCCGGGGGGACCAUGAAAGCGAAAAGCCAAAGCCUAUCUUCAAGGAAAUCGCCCCUGCUGUGGCAGGUGCUGUAGCGGGCGCGGCGUUGAUAGGAACAGCGCACGAGUACUACAAUGAUCACCCCUUAAAGGAUUCUAAAGGACCUGUUACAGCUGGUGUAUCCAAGCCCAAGGACAUAUCGUCGGCUCAGAGUAAUCGAGAGCACCACGACUCCUACAAUGAUGCAGGCCCAGUAAAGCAUCGGCAGAAUCAAAUUAUGCCACCUCCGCCUGCUUCGUUUCCAGGUAAAUACGACCAAGGGCCACCGGCGGAUGAUGUGAAAGUGGACCGGUCUAGAAAAGCAAGGGAUGAUAGCAAUAUAUCUACGGAGAAAGCAGAACGAAGAAGAAGAAACUCUUCCCCUGCCUUGGAAGACCACUACACUUAUGUCACCCCGUCAGAUCUAUCUAAGCGCAGCUCUGCAGGAAAAGGCGUCCACUUUGAUUUGACCAAGGAGCAGCAAGACAAGGAGAUGCGCCAGCUAGAGUUGGAAGGUGAAAAAGCGGCCAGCCGCUACCAGCGAGAUGAAGAACCAGCGUCAGACCCAGAGAGUCGGAUAUCCAAGUCUAAACGACUUCAUCGCCCAGAGAUAUCCCCGCCACUCCCUGAUGAAAAAUUCGAGGAGCCUCUUAGUGACAAGGACACAGAAUCAUGGUCUAUGCCUGCUCGGGUUGCCUUUCCCGUCCUCUCCGGUGCUGCCGCUGUAGCGGCCGAUCGCAUAAUCGACGAAAAGAAGCGUAAAAGGGAAGAGCGCCGCAAAGAGCGCCGCGGCUAUUCUGAAUCUGAGGCUGGAUCAUCGGCCGUCUCGAGACAGCGAUUUGAUUCGCCUGACCGCCGCUUCGUUGAGGAACCCGGGGAACUAGCUGAGAAGCCGCUUCCAAACCCCAAGACCAAGCCAACUUAUGAGAACUAUGCGACCUAUUUCGCACCUCCAGAGCUUCGUGGUGAAUCCAGCGCAGAGUCAGUCCCUGAAUCAACACCAGUACCCAAACCCGGGGCAGCCAAAUUUCGUGUUAUUGAGCCUCGAUCUAGCCCACUUGAUACCGAGCUGACGAGGGCCGAAUCAACCAAGCGUACAAACUUGCCCUGGCCAGUUCCUGAUCUGAACCUCAUUGAACCUACACCACCUCAAAGUAGGACUAGUUCUGUUCUGGGCCAUAGUGGUGAGACAAAGGACCUCCCAGUUGCCGACCCCAUUGUGACUGUUCCUGAACACACUGCUGCUCAGGAAGAUCGGGAUGAUACCCAUGAUAGUGUACGGAAUAAAAAAGCUGCACAUACUGCAGCUCCAGAAACCCCUCGCCCUGGUGUUCCUGGAGCGGCAAAGAAACUGAGCAGCGAUGGGGAUAUGAAGAUUAUCCCUUCCAAGGCUGGAGCUAGAGAACUCCCCCCCAGCCCCGAAAUUCCUUCGCCGCCUCAACAUAUGCCUGGUGAGUUUGGGGAUGACAUCGAUUUUGCUGCUACACUUGCUGCCGGCACAGCGAUGUCAGGUUUCGACCCCUCCAUUGUCACCGAUAAUCCCACUUAUCAUCGCCGCGCCUCACCUCCCAGGUCGGAGGGGGGUCGUAGGGAUAUGCAUGAGGACGCUCAAGUAUCUCAUGCCCGUCACAUUUCUGAGCGGGAGCCACUUCCGCUAGCCAGUAAGGAGGAAGUGCAGAUUGUCCCCACCCAUCAAAUAAAAGGAUCCCCGAGUGAAGCAGGUCAAGGUACUUUUGCUCGAGACAUGCAAGGUCUGCCAUCUAAAGAUGCCGACAGUCCUCCAGUACCUGAAGUCACAGCUGCAAAGCUUAGCAGGAAAGACAAGAAGAAACAGAAGGCUGUGCAGAAGAAGAGCAGAAAUGCUGGCGAGAAGGAUCUUGAACUAGAUUGGGAAGAACAGCCUGCCAUUACUCCAUCAAAGUCUACUGAAGCGAGCCGCGAGGUAAGAUCUGGCAACAUUAACGAGCCAAAUGCCGCCAGUCGAGACUUGUUUGAUGCAGAUGACAAACCGGGUAAGGCUCAUUGUGAUCUUUCUUCCGAGGGAAUGGUAAAUGAGCAUGAAAAAGCGCCUGGGUAUGAAAGAGAGACAUGGAAAGAUGCAGAGGAAGAUAUACGGCCUCGCGACAACUCGACUAAGACAAAGCUGGUGGACAUAAGCUCUCCAGUUCGCGAGUUCGGCGGUCAAUUACCGGAUAAUAAACCUCAUGCUUCAAUGCCGGGGGACUUCGAGGACGUAUGGGCUGAUAUUGGUCCUGUUGGUGGAAAGGAUAAGCCUUUUGUUCCUGCAGACAAGGGUCCAGCGGACGAACCUGAGCUCGCAACCGCUGAGAAAUCCGAGAAGAAAUCAAAAGGGAAGAGCAAACAGGGAGCUGCUGAUGAACCUGGCCCUAUCGCAAACGAGACCGCGGGAACUUCUACGCGUGAGUUUGAGAUAGACGAACCCGUUGAUCGGAACGUCGAGUCUAGCACUGCCGCGUCUGCUCCUGACAUUGUUGGACUAGAAAGGGGAAAGUCCAAAUCAAAACGGCGCUCAAAACGAUAUGCUGAACUCAUUGAUUCCCGUCCAGAGGUUGGCGACAGCUCCAAGCUAGAUGAUGACAAUGUAUCCGUGGUCUCUCGGGCUAAGUCAGAGGCAGCAAAGGAUUCCGCAAAGGGUAGUGAUAAGUCUCGGGGUUUCUUUGGACUAUUCGGAUCUUCUUCAUCUGCGGACAAGAAGAGUUCCAGGCAAGAAAGGGACCGAUCACCUCCACCAUCAGAAGUCUCAACAAGUUCAAAGAAGAAGAAGAAGUCGAAGAAAGAUCGCCUUGUUGAUGAAGAUGCCAUGAAAGCCGACGACAAUGACUUGCCGGCAUCACGAGAUAUUGAAUCAGUAAACGCAGAUGACGCAGAUAAUGACAAUCAACAAAGGCAGAAAAGUAAAGAUCGGAAGAAAGACCGUAAAAAUCGAUAUGAGCAGAUAGUCGAAUCUGGAAAAGCAACUGAUGAUGAAGACAAAAAUCGACAUGAUACCAGUAGACAAGCAAAGAACGACACUUUAGACAAAGAGCAGCCCUCCGGGCCUUUUUUAGAUGAUAGCCCAGGAAUAACUUCUGUGCCUACAGGUACUUUUGAGCAGGCUCCGGCAGCCGCUGCUGAGAAAGCAUCUGUUGGCGUCUCGGCCCCAAUAUCUACCUUUCCUUUGCCGCUAAACCUGCCGUCUCGUGGCCGGAGCCGUUCUGUUACUCCCUUGCCUGGGGAGAAAGUAGUUGAUUUGCCUACACAGUCUCAUAGCAGACCUUCAUCCAGGUCACGGUCGCCCCCGGAUACCGCAAAGCGAAUAUCAUGGCGAGGAGGGUUCAAUUUUGGAGACCCCAACAGCUCUCCCACUGCAAUUCCCAUUCAGCUCCGCCGACCACCAUCAACCCCUGAAAGAGGAGCUCAUGAUGGCCAGGUUUCUCCGAGCAGGCCUAAAUCUGGACACAAGCGGCCAAAGUCCACCGAGUUCAAGACGAAUCGUGAGUUUAGACCAUUAUGGCUUGUCGAACGGCAUACCAGCAAAACGGAACUGCCUGAAGAAGAGACAUACCCAUCACUUCCCUCCAGUAAAUCGACGUCUCGAAUGUCGUCGGUCGAAGAUUUACGGGCCAAAGCGCUUGAAAACGAAGAAUCUGCGGAUAUAUUCUCAACCCCAAGACGCCGACCAUCGUUGCAUGUUGCUACUAACGACUCUUCUCUUGACGUAGAUAUCCUAGGUUCUCAGCAAGCCACCCCGACUGCGCAUUCCUUCAGACCUCAGGACCGGAGGCCAAAGGAGAAGCCGAAGUAUGAGUUCCAUUCACCGUCUGAGCUCCUGGAGGGCCCGAUGUCGUCUCGAUCCGCACUGGGCGAUGUUCCACAAUCUCCGGAUGGCACAGUUAUUCCUGACGAUAAGAUUCAAGAAACGGAGUUUAUGGAUCUUCAGAACCUUCCACCUCUACCUGAGUCUCCAGUCCGUGAAGACUCUAAAUCUCGUGAGUUGGAUAUCACCCCAGAAGUCAGUCAGAAUGUGCAGUCAACCUCUCAUGAGCCUGGAGUACAAGCAGCAGAAAUCCCAGCAGAAACUCUGUCAGAAUCGACCUCCCUUGAACACCUCCCUCCGCUUCCUGAUAGCCGCCCGUCUACUCCCACUGCUGUUCAGGGAGUGGAAACGGAGGUGCUGGCGGAGGAUAUGGAUCGUUCGUUGACUCCCCGGCCUACACAUCGUGAACUCGAUGAGGCCCCAGCCAAUAUCCCUACCAUGAUCUCGGCUCCAGACUCAGGCCAUGCCACGCCAACUCAGCUUUCGCCAACAUAUCGUGCGAGUGAGGCCAGUGAAUAUGAAUCUUUUGAUGAGGAUCAUUUCGUAGAUGCCAGUAGCCAGGCACCUAUGAGCCCAUCUUAUCAGAAAGAUAUCAACUCACCAAUUACGCCUACUCAAUUACCAGAUGAUCCCGAGCCUCAUGGAGCAGUUACCCCUCUCACUUCUGCUACCGCGUUUUCCGCCCAUGGCGUUCCUGAUGAAGGUAGCAUUUCCAAAGAUACAGAUUCUGAAUAUGUGAUGACAGUAACAAAAGAUGACAAUCUUGGAGAGAAACCAAAGCCUAGUUCUGGAAGUAUCAAUGAUUCUGAACUUGAGCUUCUAUCCGAAAGAGCAAAGGAACCUGAAAAUGAGACAGAAGCCCCAGCACGAUCGAAAUCUAAAAAGAACAAGAAAAAGAAGAGAAAGAACCUUAAUGUAGAGACUACUUCUACCUUCCAAUCUGAAGAACCUGAGGUUCGUUCUGCUGCGGAACCGGCUCCUGAACAUGUUUCUGGGAGUCAGACUGAAGAAAAGGCCCCUUUGGGUAUCUCGACUGAUACCAUCUCCAUCUCUACCACGGCCACCGAUCAUGUCCCAAGCGAAGAGCCAGCCCUCUCUACUGGUAUUGACGAAGAAAGCUGCCUGGAAUCCGUAAAAGAAGACCCAGUUGCUGGACCAGUUGCCAAUAAGUCUAAGAAAGGCAAAAAUAAGAAAGGACGGAAAAACAAGUCUGAGAUAGAUUCUGUUGAAAAGCCAAGUCAGGAACCCGAUGAAUCUUCGGCAAGUACCCGGAAGGAUGACUUCGCUACCACGCAGGACGAAGACUUGGAGAAUCCUAAAAGAGACAUAGUGGGCGCUCAGUUAGACGAUACUGUGAUCCAUUCAGCAUCUGACAUCAAUUCUCAAUUGCAAUAUGCCCGCCCUGGUGUUGUGGAUGCCAUCCCUCCAAUGGCAGACCUUCCGGAUACAGAACAGGACCUCAAAGAAUAUCCCGGCUCAGGGGAAGUUCUUGCAGCAGAUGUUCCUUUACCAAUCGCUGAUCUUGAAGAAAUUGAGGCUCUCAACCUUGUUCUUGAUGAGCCAGAGCCCACUGCAGCACCAAUGGCGCAAAAAGAAGACCAUCUGAGAGAUAAUCCUGCGUCUCUUCCUCUCAGCCCUGAGCAGAAACCGCAAGAUAUACCACUCCCCCUUCCUAGUGCAGAGGAAGCCGAUCUUCUUGAAAAAACGAACGACAUGAGCGCAAAUGAACCAGCUCAACUAGAUGGAAUUUCGGCUGUUACGGACCCUUCAUUUCUCCAUGAACCUCCAGUGACUGAAGUCGCUCCGCUUCUUGCAGAUGCAGAUAUACACGAAAUAGAGAGCGGGGGGAGAGGACAACCUGAAGACCCAGAACCUGCUGCAUGGAUGGCUCGGAUUCCCAUAGGCAAUGCAAAUCAUGAGUCAAAUUUCCCGACAACUAUGGAUGUCCAUGGCCACGGACAGCUCCUCCCAAAGCUCGAAGAAGAGAUCCUUCCAACGCCCUUUUCUGCGAAUCAAGUAGACGAAAAGGACAUACACAGUGGUACCGACAUAUUCUUUGACGCUGCCCGGGAUGUGGAUGCUCUAGCCAAGCACGAACUUCCGGAUGAGCUGGCGGACAAGGUGCCGGAACCUAAUACCCCUGCCAUUAAGUCCGAGGAGCUUGCAGAACCCGAGCCAAAGCAGAAGAAAAAGAAAGGCAAAAAGGGUAGAAAGGACCGCGAGAAUUCUGCAUCGAUUGACAACAUUGAAGCAUCAGCAUCCACGGAAAAGUCACUUGCGGAAUCACCUGAAGUACCGGUGAGAUCUAACGAAACGGAGGAGGCUCCAACUGUCGCUCGGAAUGAAGAGACUGUUGAGCAGCCGUCCACUGAAGAGGGAUCUCUCUCUGCAAAAAGUGUCGAGACAUUAACCCUGUCAACAAACGACGACGCUAAUGCGGCCGAACCUGGAGUCAUAGCCAAUGAUACACCACCACAUAUUUCUGGCGACAACGGCUCUCAAGAUGUGCGGUCAAUGUCGAAGCAGUCCAAGAAGCAAAAGAAAAAGGACAAGAAAAAGCAAGCAUCGCUGGCCAGCAUGCUAGAUGAGACUGUUCCUGAGGCAAGCAAUGUCGAAGAGGACAUUGAAAAGAGCACAUUGGCGGUUCAUGAUAAAACAACAGCCAGCGAAGAAAUCGGCCAAGACCAGCCAGUAAAUAAGGGAGAGAGCGAUAUACCCAUUGUUACUCCUGUUCUCUUCGAAGAGCCGAAGAGUACCCGGGUUGACAUUCCGGUCGAUGAAGUAGAGCCACCCAAAGAGGAUACGUUGCCGACUGAUGCUAAGCUCGAAGUGCCUACUCAGGUAGACGUAAGGGACGAAAGAGCUGUCGAGGAAGCCUCUAAUAUCAUCAAAGCCACCGAAGGAAGUGAAGCCAUGCGAUUCAAUCUCCCUGAUGAAGCAGCGAAAUCGACUGAGGAAACUGCAGUUAAACCUACUAAAGCCAAGAAGGAUAAAAAGGGGAAGAAGGGCAAAAAGAACCAGGAAGUCCUAUCUCUAGAAGAUGAAGAUCAGAGCUCGGAGAAAACCAAACCUGCCGAUGGGCAGCCACCGCUGACUUUGGAGGUUGAACCAUCUACUCUAGGAAGCCCCCUUGCCGAAGAAAAGCCCACGAAACCUGUCAGUAGUCUAUCAAUGGAUAUCAAUGACGUCCCUGUGGAAACUCAGGUUGAAAAGGCAUUAACAGGCAAGGAAAAGAAAAAACGCAAUAAGAACCGCAGUGUAUCAACUAUCGAUGAAGCCCAGCCUGUUCAGCAAUCCUCUUCAACGGAUGUUCCUGAAGCUGAUACUGAGGCUCAAGGCUCUCUUCCACUGGAGGUCCAAGAUGAUCCUCAGAAUACUGAAGUCACUGAGCCUUUGGCUGAAGCACCAUCAGUCGUUGAUAAGCUACCAACUGAGUCUGAGCCUAUCGAAAUCUUACAAGAACAAGAACUAGUCAGCGACAACAUCCCAAUGGAUUCGCAGGCCUCAGAACAAGUAGCCGAGCAGCCACUAGAUGUCGACGGCUCGAGGACAGAACACCGGCCUUCAGAGCCAUCAACCAGAACUGCUUCAGAGAUUAACGAUACACUUGAAGGGCCACAGGCCUUGGAAGCCCACAAUAAUGACAAUCUGCUGGAAGCUGAACCCCGAUCUCUGGAGGAUUUAACUCUGCACCAGCCUUCGCCGUUUGAAUCUACGCCAGCCGAACCCCGACCUUUAGUCGAGGAGCCAUCUGAAACUUUCAAAGAGCCCUCUGCGCCUGCCGAUAAGCCCGGGGUAUCAGAGCCACUAGAUGGGAAACCGGCAAAUUCCGACAAGCUUUCAAUGGAAGCGUCUGGUGAGAAGUCUCUACCAGUGAAGGGUAAAAAGAAGAAAAAGCGGAAUCAAUCGCAGUCUUUGGACGAGGAACCUCAAGCCGCUGAAUCAUCAUCUCUAAUGCAACUGACGAAGCAAUUUUUAAUAACUACAGUGUCUAAUCCCGAGAAGGAUGCACCAGCAGAACAGCGGGACGAUGAACCGCUUGAAACUUUGGGAAACAGAGAAGUACAUGUUCAGCAGGACGUGCAAACCAAGCCAGCAGAAGACAAGCUGCAGCCAAUUGACAUUUCAUCCUUAGAAGCUCCUGUUGAUACCCCUCUCGCCCCUAAGGAAAAGAAGAGGAAGAGGAAGAAGAAGGGCCAAUCAAUAUCUAUCGACGAGGAACCAAAAGCCACAGAGACCCUAGCUCCUGUUAAUGAUUUAUCGGCAGACCCUCUUAAAGAUACUCCAAAGGAAAGCUUGCGGGAUGUUGAAGCUCAGGAGGAUUUCUGUGUGGAUAAACAUUUUCAGAAUCAAGAAGAGAAGCCUCCAAAUCCUCAGGAUGGCAGCUAUCAAUACACGAAGCCACCUGUUUCCAUUGAAGAUUCUUCCGCCGAAACUCUCCAGGAUAUGCCUUUAGAGUCCCAACCGUACGAGAGUAUGGCUCUUGUUGAAGACACGCCGGUAAACCCGGGCUCCUCUAAAGCACGACAAGGUGAACCUAAUAAUAUUCCCCAGGACAAGCAGCCAGAAACUCAGCAAACUGGGGAUUCCCAUUCCAUUGAGGGUGGACCCAUUAUAAUUCUAGAGGACAAACCACCUGAAGUCACCAAGUCUGUGGAAGGCGAGCAGCCAAAAUCCAUCCCAUCUGAUGUUUUAGAGCAUGAACCUAAAAACAUUAUGGGCGAAAACCAACCAGAACCCAAACUUUCUGAUCCCCAGGAUCCCCUCCCCGCUGAACUAACAGACGACAAGCGACUAGAUGCCCAUAAUGUUAGCAUUCAAGAAGAGCAAGAAGGUGCACCUGUUGUCCCUCACGAGACACAGGCACAAUCUCAAAUUGAAAGCUCUGAAGCAAAGGUUGAUUCCGCUGAACUUGAGGAUGACAGUCGUCUCAAACCUCAGAGUGACCAAUCAGCCAAGAACCAAAAGAGCGAUGCAGUAGAAUCUCACGAAGAACAAUCAACAGACAUUGUGGGCAAAGCUUCUAUGGAGCCGCCAAUGGAGCUGACUUCUACAUCUAAAGAUAAGAAGAAAAAGAAAAAGAAGAAGGGUCAAUCCAAAGCUCUGGACGACGAUACUGAAGUUAUAGAAACACCAGCGCCUGUAGAUCAACUCCAUGCAGACGCCGUGGACCCGCCUGUACCAGAAACGCCAAUCGAAAAGCCUCUUACCGCGAAGGAGAAGAAAAAGCUGAAGAAGCAUCAAAAGAAAUUGUCUCUGGAACAGGAAUCUCAACCGGCAACAACGCCUGGUGUUGUUGAUACGCUCUCCGUGGAAACCCAGAAAGAACAAGACUUGGAGGUAGAUACAAGUUUACCUAACUCCGGGGGGACCCAUGUUGAGUACCCUUUGCUGGACCAGGGGUUUGAAAAAGACCAGGAAACACCACCGCACUUGAAAGGGCAGCUUAUACCCGAGAAGACAGGGCAACCUUCUGAAGUUCUUGCCGUCGGGCCCUCAACUGAAGAGUCCCUGGUGAUAGGUAACGAUUUGCCAGAGCAACAUACCGACAAACCUUUAUCUGCGAAAGAAAGGAAAAAGAAGAAGAGGCAAGACAAGGCAACAACUUCUUCGGAAGACGAGCCUGUGGCCGAAGAGGAAUCAGUUUCCCGCGAAAGUACCCUGGAUGAGGCAUACGGCACUGAGUCGAUGCCAGAAGAGCAAACUCCUGAGAAACCCGUCUCGGCGAAGGAAAAGAAGAAAAAGAAAAAGAAGAACCAGGAGGAUCAAGCUGCAGGAGAAGAAUUCUUACCUAAGCCUGAGGAGGUCCCAGGGACCUCGGAAAGUAUGUCAGUCGGAUUCUUUGCCCAGGAGGCGCAGGACGUUGACAACACUCCGGCAGAGGCCCCUUUCGAACAGCCUUUGGCUGCGAAGGAAAAGAAGAAAGGGAAAAAGGGCAAGAAAACGAAGCAGCAAUCCGUGGAUUGGACAGAUGAGGUGCCCCAAACCCCCCAGGAGGUUGAAAUACCGAGAGAAUGUCAGGCAGAGGCCUCGAUUCCAACCGACUCUACUGCCACCACAGCAGUUAUACCUUCGGCUGAACCACCGCAAGAGAAUAUCAAAGACAAACCCCAAGGUCCGAAGGAGCAGCCCACCGAUGUAGCUUCCGCCCAACCAGGCAUGGUAGAAAUGCAUAUCGGACGCACUGAUCCCAGAAUAGCCGAGCCACAAGGAGACGGCGGUGAAGUUGACACUGGCAAUCCAGACGAGGACGGUAAAGAAUUUCAACUCUCUAAUUCUCAAAAGAAGAACAAAAGUAAGAAAAAGGCUGAAGUUUCUUGUUGGACUGAUGAAAUUCCGCCUACGCAGGUUGACAAUGGGCCUGCAAUCCAUCCUACAGAGCUUGAAUCCCAGCAACGAUCGUUACCCUUUGAUGAAGAAUCUCUCAAACAACCUGACACUGCCGCCAAUGCCUCGGAUGCUCUACGAAAUGACGCCUUAGACAAUCUUGCUGCUACCGACGCGGACCUGGCUGUAUCGGAAUACAAGCCAUCACAUUCCCUGGCUAAUGUUGAUGGCCAACCCGAGGAUGUAUUAAUUGUUAAGGAGAAACCUAUGGAAACACCAGUUAACAAUGCCACUAGACCCGAUAUGAUUCCUUUGCCGGAAUCAGCGGGAGAAACCGCAGAACAACACCUGGCCCCUGAGAAGACUCAAGAAGGUACCAAAGUAUCCAUGGAGAUUCAAAGCACCGGACCGGGGCCAUCUCUCGACGAUCAGGUCAUGGAAAACAUCCAAGAGAGUGCCACUGAGAAUCCUGCCGAUGAAUCGCUACCUGACAAGAUUAGAGGCUUAUCAUCAACUGGUCUAGGAGACGCCCUUACCGACCCUUCAAUACCUGAACUACAAGAUCAGUCGAUAUCGUCAAGACCAGAUGCCGAGGGUAGGCUAGUGGACUUGGGUGUCACCGGAGGAUUGAUAGGUACAACAUAUUCUGAACCCAUCAAGGAGCAGGAAAUCCAGGUUAGCAAGAAUGAACCCAAAAUUCCAGAAUCCGGACCGAUUGAUUUCACAAUUUCGGAGAAGAUUUAUGAACAUCCGCCUCCAGAGCAGUCCCAAGCCGAAAUCUCUGAUGCCAUGCAAGAGACACCGACCGAGCUACCCAAACCGGAAGAACCCGGCCUUGCCCUUGCAUCUACGGAACAAUCAACAGCUGAUGACAAUGAUUCCGCAGCUACCCCUUUUGAUCGUCAUACCACUGAUGAUGUCCCGGUCAGCACUAUCCCUCAACUUGCAACUGUGUCUGAUGAAACCCCAGCCCGAGAUACAAGCAAGGUGUCCAAGAAGGAGAAAAAGAAGAAAAAGAAAAAGGGUGUGAUGUUGGAGGGAGAACCUGCUGUUGCCCCUGAGUUACCAGAGAUCAAAAUGCAAACUUUACCUGAGGGCCCUAGCGCUCCAGAGCCUCUCAUUGCCAACAUGGAGGAAGAGCCACAGCGAACACUUUCAAAAAAGGAUCAGAAAGCUGCAAAAAAGAAGGCUCGCGGGGCUGUAGCCGAUGUUGUCAAGUCGGGUUUCAAGGAGGAUGUAGAAGCAUUUACUUCUACCCCAAAUGUCCCUAACAUCACAGCUGACAUUACUGAAACCACCGAUUUCAACAAGGUUGAUGAUGCUCCAAUGACAGCAGAACCUGCUGAAGCCGGUAUCGAGCAAACUCAUGGAUUGGAAACACAACCCAUCUCUACGGCCAUGACAGUUGAUUCUGCUAGAAAAGAUAUUGUAACUCCACCUAUUCCAUCAUUGCUGGAUAAACUGGCAGAACCGGAGCCAGUCGGAGCAGCGGCAAAGAUCAGCCAUGAACCUACGUGGGAUGAAGGCUCAGGACCAAGAAAAAAUCCAAAGAAACAAAAGAAACGCGCUAAAGGUACGGUUACUUCUCAGACGGAGACGGAUGCCCCAGACGAAUUGAAAGGUCCUGAACCAGAAAUACAACUGGUGAGGGAAGAACCAGCUCAGGAGACAGCUUUAUCGGGCCAAUCUUCUAAGGGAAAUAAGAAAAUGAAAAAGAAGGAUGUUCAAGGUUUGAGUGGUGAUGUUGAAGCCCCAGUUGCGGAAGAAAAAGAGAUUGACACACACACCAUCGGCGAGCCUGUCUGUCCCAAUGUUGACAUGCCUGUUGCUGGCGAGGCUGCAAGCCCAAAUGAGGAUGAGGUUAACAACAAACGAGAGAUGGACACGGCGUCGUUGGAUCUUCAACUUUCUGGUGACCAUGAAGUCAUCAAUGAUACCCCGGAAAUUCAGCACACAGUGCUCCCCAAGACAAUGACACCGGGCAUUGGAGACUUCAGUGAAGAUACGGCUCCUAAAGGUGAUGACGUUUCGGAAGAAAAACCGAUAGAAACUUUUCCCAGGGAAACUAGACAAAAACCCAAAGGAGGAAGCAUGAGCGAGAUUCUAGACACCGGGAUUCCUCAGUCAGCUGCCGAAACAGUGGUCUUUGGGGGUGUAGCAGUAGAAGAGCGUGGACCGGACCAAGAAGUCCCCUUUGGAGAGAAAAUUAGCGCGAAGGUUGUGCCCAUGAGCCAUCAAACAUCGCAGCAUGUAAAAGAUUCGGCUAUGGAGAUUGAUAUUUGCUUCAAGGAAGACUCGCAGCUAGCAGUCAUGGAAAAUACAGCUGUGGACGACAGUACUAAUAAGGAUGUGCCAAUGAAAGACUUGGGCGCAGAGCCCUCAGUUGAACAAGCAGCAAGUGGCUUCCAUGAUUCACAAGAACCAGCCAUGACAUUAUCACAGGAAACCCAAGGCACAGAACCCAUCUUGGACACGGGAGCUUCGCCGGUGGGAACCGAGAAUUCUCCACAUUUAGCAGACAAUGGAGAAACGGUAGUACUUCACGACAUUUCUAUCGGCCCAUGGCAAGGCGAAGAAACCUGGCAAUUAGGAGAAGGGAAGGGGGAAAGGGUGAAGAAGAGCAAGAAAUCCAAAGGCAAGGGGAAGCCACUCAGGAAAGACCAGGCUGAGACUGAGGCUCCAUUGUUUGAAACGCAGGAGCUUCAAGCUCCAUCAAGUGCGAUGCAUGAAAUGACUAGAUCGGUUGAGCCUGUCACUGGCCUGACCCCAGAGCAGCCAGAGGACGCUGUACCAAGUCAAAAGAGGGGGAAGCUUAAAGCGAAGGGUUCUGUGGCAGAAGAUCUUGGAUUGACCGAGGCCACAGAGAUAGGAAGUCAAGAGCUAGCCAUACCUCAGCAGGACACUCUAAAAAUCCCUGAUCCAUUGUCUGAACUUGUACCUGAGUUUGUAUCAGGGCCCUCAACAGAGCCACCUCCAGAGGAUGAAGGUGCCUUUCUGACAACGGACGAAAAGGAAAAUACACCCAAGAACAAGAGAAACGAAAGGCCAGCGGUAGUUGAAACUGAACAGCCCAAAGACUUACCGCUCCCCAAAUCUGUUGUUGAACCAGAUAUUCCAGCUGAAGUACGUGCGGCAACACCAAACGCCUUAAGGGAGGAGAUUCCUGAACCAGAAGCCGAUUUUCUCCCUAAUGUCACCAAGAGGAAAGGAAAGAAGACCAAAAUCAAGGGCAAACGUCCAGGAAACAUAGAAUCUACGAUUGAGACAGGAGAAAGGCACUCAGAGGCGACUCGUGAGCUAUCAAAGGAGCCAGAGGAGCUCGUCAAAUCCAAUGGGCCUGAUUUCCCGUCCAAAAUAGAGCCAGGGAGCGGAUUAGAAGAAGAUAUCUCACCCUCAGUGAAAAGCAAGGUGAAGAAAAACAAGAAAAAUAUCAAAAUGCAACACCCUGAGGACCUCGCCGCUCAUACCGCAAAAACACAGUUACUAACACCUGAGCCUGAGCUUGCUACUAAACCUGCAUCCUUAGAAUCAUUAGAGGCACCUGACUGGUCGCGAAAACAUGAGUCGCACCUUGGAGGUGACAAGGCAGCACGUCAGGGUACCGGUCCAUCAGAAGACUCGACGAUAUCUCAGGCUUUUGAUAUCGGUGCCCCUGGGAAUGAACCUUCUGGCGCGGAUCUGGAGCCUGCCUACCAGGCGCCCGAGGAUGUUCAAGUGUUAGACAAGUCAAUGGCUGAACCCGAGGCAACGAUACCGACUCCUAAACGUGAAUACAAUGACGACCCUUUUUCAGUUGAAUCAAGUUCCAAGGAGCGUUCUUCUGCCCUGUUAUUCCACUCUUCACCAUCCACCCGAGACUUCGGCUAUAUGACCCUAGCAACCCAUGCAAUACACAACCAGCAUGAAGAACGUCCAUCUACGCCUACUCCAAUGCAUCUACACAAGUCUAUAGAAACAGACAAGCCACUGGAUCUCGCUGAUGACACAACUCCCCAUGCACUCCUCUCUACCCCUGAGAAGGAGAUUUUAGAAUCAACCACGGCUAAAGAUAUCGCAUCCAAGGCCACCGAGCAAGCUCGACCAUCCCUCGAACCUCCAUCUCUCUUCGGAGGACCAUACGGGCUGGCUGAACGGGAAAGGUCUGUCUCUAGAUCGGUAUCUCCUCCCAAGACGCCGCUGGGCACGAUCGAGGAGCACUCGGCUAUAUCUGCACCGUACGAAGCCCAACACUCUCCAGCCUUCCCCCAGCUUACCCCGGACGCUGCCCCUGCUAGCCACGGGCCUGAGAAGAAGCAGCACGCCCAGCCACAGACCUGGGCGACCCCGGCCGUCAACCCAGUCCACACCCCUGAAUCGACACCUCCCAAGCUACGUCGGGUUAAAAGCCGCCGCAGCUCCGACCUUAAAGCGGCGAGCGAACGUGACCUCCGGCGCGGAAGAACUCGCACUCCGUCCCCCAGCCUCUCGCAUUUGGAAGACGAAGAAGCGCGCCAACUUCCAUCGUCCUCAACGUAUGACCCAGUCACAGACAAGGGCAAAGCGCCGCUGCGAGGCAUGGCUGCCGAUGUCUAUGAAGGAUGGGGCGAUGUCCAGGGCGCCCCGCCGCUCUCACCUACUCGCCCGCCCAGCGUGCGCCGGCGCCGCAGUCUACAGCGCCUCCAGGAGCUCGAAACUCGUCUUGACCAGCUUGUAUCGGAAAACCGCCUGCUAGGCUCCUCCAAAGCCGCUGCCGAAAAGGCAAUUGAGAGCCAUGCCGUCGCUCAACGUCAACAUGCGCGCGCACUAGAGGCACGUGACCAGACAAUCCAAAACAAGGAAUUGGAGAUACAACAGCUGCAGAAGUCCUCAGACUGGCUCAAGAAGGAGAUUACCAGGCUGACAGAGGUCAAUGAAGGGCUUGCUGCUGCCAAUGCUAGCUACGCGGCCUCCCGUGGCCUCGAUGGUGGCGACAAGUCGAACUACAAGGAAGAGUGGGAGAAGUCGCAGCGAGAGCUGGAGAAGGUUCGUGCGCAAUAUGCACAGUUAUCCUCAGGCCUAGAGCAAAUGGUCAAGCAUGAAGUCGGCACUGCACUUGCAGAUAAGGACGCCGAAAUCCAGCUGCUGCGAGACAACUUGGCUGAUGCCCAGGACAAGAUCAAGGAGCUUCAGGAGCAAAUCCAGGCCUCAGCCAAGGAUGACAUUCUCGUCUUCCACGAUGAGGAUUACUUUGACAAUGCCUGUCAGAAACUAUGUCAACACGUCCAGCAGUGGGUCUUAAGGUUCUCUAAAUUCUCGGAUAUGCGCGUUUGCCGCACCACCAGUGUCCUCCGCGACGAGAAGAUUGUUGACCGUUUUGAGAAUGCAAUCCUCGAUGGAACCGAUGUCGAUACGUACCUUUCCGAUCGUGUUGGGCGAAGAGACGUGUUCAUGUCCGUUGCCAUGACCAUGAUGUGGGAGUACAUCUUUACGCGAUACCUCUUCGGAAUGGACAGAGAACAACGACAGAAGCUGAAGACCCUCGAGAAACACUUAUCCGAAGUCGGUCCACCAAACGCUGUUCACAAGUGGCGAGCUACCACUUUGACUCUUCUCUCCAAACGACCUUCUUUCAAAGAGCUUCGCUCACAAGAUACCGAAGCUGUGGUCCAAGAAAUCUAUCGCACUCUCUCAAAACUACUUCCACCCCCUCAUGAAUUAGAGAAAACUGUCCUGGAUUCUCUUCGCAACGUGAUGCGGUCCGCAGUCGAUCUUUCGAUCAAAAUGCGCACCCAACGCGCAGAAUAUAUCAUGUUGCCCCCCCUCCAGCCAGAAUACGACACCAACGGCGAACUCCUCCGAAAAGUCUACUUCAAUGCUGCUCUCAUGAACGAACGCAGUGGCGAAACAACAUCGAAUGAAGAACUAGAGGCACAGCGUGCAGUCGUUCGCAUGGUCCUUUUUCCCUUGGUUGUCAAGAAAGGCAGCGAUGAAGGCGAUGGUGACGAGGAAAUAGUCGUUUGUCCUGCCCAGGUCCUUGUUGCAAGGCCUCCAAAAGAAAGAAAGUCGUCCAAGGGCCUGAGUGCGGAUAGACAAAGCAUUCGGUCGACCCAAAGCUUCCCGUCUAUUAGUAUGGCCCCGAGCAACCCGAGUAACAUAAUAUGA